GCGCGCCAUUCGCGCAGCUUUUAUUACGCAGUUGGUAGCAUUGAACUGUUUCCUCCAAGCUUUGACCGGACGCCAUUACCACGCCACCGGACUACGAAUCUGUCACUAGUUUAUCUGUAUUGAAGAAAUCUAAGAAUUCUCUUGCGAAUUCAUAUAGUUGUGUUAGUAAUUAUCGAAAUCAAAGUUUCUUCAAAAUGUCUGACGAGAAAAAGGGAGAAAGUGAACACAUCAACUUGAAAGUAUUAGGUCAGGAUAAUGCUAUUGUCCAAUUCAAAAUAAAGAAACACACACCUCUGAGGAAACUGAUGAACGCGUAUUGUGAUAGAGCGGGUCUAUCAAUGCAAGUAGUACGAUUCAGGUUCGAUGGGCAGCCUAUUAAUGAAAAUGACACACCAACAUCACUGGAAAUGGAAGAGGGUGAUACAAUAGAGGUGUACCAACAGCAGACCGGUGGAGCGCUUUUAGUGUAAAUUAUAAGUUAAGGAACUGUCCAUUUCCCAUGGGAAGAUCGCUAUGGUGUGCCCAUCUCAAACAUUUUACUUUUAAGUUAAUUUUAAUGAUGAUGUUGAUAUCUGAAGUAUGACAAGAGAAAAUUUCAGAGUUUGAAAUUCUUAUCAGACAUGACUUCUGAAAUCUUACUCUUAAUUAGGUUGAAACGUGGUAAGCCAAAUAAUACAAGUAAAAAGGAAUUCCAUUGUGAUAAUUUUUAGUUGACACGUCUAAUACAGCAGCCAGUAUUUUUUUAAUGCUGAGGUACUAAGGCAUUUCAUUUUUUCUUUGUGGUAAUGUUUAAUAUAUUGGACUUGUGUCCAUAUCAAUUAUCAAAGUCUGUAACCACUGAUGUACCUAUCUUCUGAAAUAAAGUAAAUGUACAAUUA